CCGCCGGGCGGCAGCAGCAGCGCCAUGGGGUGUUUCUUCUCCCGCCGCAGGAAGCCGGCCCAGGGCGGCCAGCCGCCGCUGCAGCAGCCAGCGGGAGCCGGGCAGGAAGCGGCCACCGGCGAGCAGAAGGCGCCGCAGUACAGCUGGGACCUGCGAGCCAAGAUUGACCCCAAAGAUUACACUUUUUCCGGACUGAAGAAUGAAACUGUGGGUCGAUUGCCUGGGAAAGUAGCUGGGCAACAAUUUGUCAUUCAGGACUGCGAGAACUGUAAAAUCUACAUAUUUGACCAUUCUGCUACAAUCACGAUUGACGACUGUGUAAAUUGCCAAAUCUUUUUGGGACCGAUAAAAGGCAGCGUGUUUUUCCGUGACUGCAAAGAUUGUAAGUGUGUGGUUGCCUGCCAACAGUUCCGCACGCGGGACUGCAGAAAGCUGGAGGUGUUCUUGUGCUGUGCCACCCAGCCCAUUAUCGAGUCCUCCACAGGUAUGAAAUUUGGAUGUUUCCAGUACUAUUAUCCCGAGCUUGCUUUACAAUUUAAAGAUGCUGGUUUGAGUAUCUUCAAUAACACGUGGAGCAACAUCCAUGACUAUACCCCUGUGUCUGGAGAAAAUAACUGGGGCCUUUUGCCUGAAACUGCUGUAGUCCAAGAUUAUGUUCCUCUGCCCAGCUCUGAGGAGCUGAAAGCUGUCAGGGUUUCCACUGAUGCUACAAAGAGCAUAAUACCCAUAACUCGAGGGCGGAGACAGAAAAACAGCGAUGAAUCGUGUUUGGCUGUGUUUUUUGCUGGUGACUACACAACUGCAAAUGCCAGGAAGUUAAUUGAUGAGAUGACUAGCAAAGGCUUUCAGCUGGUACAAACUAAAGAGGUUUUAAUGAAGGCAGAGGAUGCUCACAGAGUUUUCCAGCAGAGUGCAUUAGAAUUCAUUCCACUGCUGGAAAAAGGUCCAGUGGUUGCUUUGGAAUUCAAUGGAGAUGGUGCUGUGGAACAAUGUCAAAGCACUGUAAAUGAAGUUUUCAGUGGAACCAAGGUUUUUGUAUCAGAAAGCAAAACAUCGGCAUCUCAAGAUGUAGACAAUUUCUACAAUUUUGCUGACAUGCAGAUGGGAAUGUGAAGUUUAGCAUAAAGAUGCUCAAGUAUGGUUUGUCUUAGCACUUGGACGUCAC